GGGGGCUGGCAGCCGGCGGAGCGCGGUGGGAGAGGCGGCAAAGCACCGGAGUGAGGGAGGCAGAGCCCGGGCUCGGCCGGCUGCUGAGAGGGAAGAUGAGCUCUGGCAACGGGACCUCUCCCACCCCGCCUCUCCUUGGGCUCCUGGAGCCACCCAGUGCCACGUCCCCUGAGGGGACAGACUGGCUGCCCAUCAUCGUGGGGCUCGUCUGCACCUUCCUGGUGCUGGCCACCCUCCUGAGCUUUGUCACCCUCUGUCACCCUCCGGCGCUGGGCCGCUCCCCCUGGGGCCCGCAGGAGUGGCUGCCCCAGCCCCCCGUGGAUGCCAGCCAGCCCCAGCUGAGGCUCUGGAAGCGUCUGGGCUCCCUGAGGGGCUCCAUCAGCAGCUUCAGGAGGAGCCAGGUGGUGUCUCACAGCCCCCUGGCCUGUCCCAGGAGCUUCUCCAGCAGCCAGGACUGGGACAUCAUGGAGUCCACCAAAAUGUGA